UUAGAACAACAGUGUGUGCUUCAUGAGUGUUAGAGGUGAUGUGGAUAUAACUUUAUACUUUUAUAAAGGAUGUACUUUUUCAAGUUACUAUGCCUUUAAUUGUCUAUACUUCUUUGCAGAUAAUACCUACGUGUCAAGUUCAGAAAAUGAUGAAGAUGUGUUAGUUACCACAGAGCCAAUUCCAGUAAUUUUUCACCGAAUAGCAACAGAAUUAAGGAAAACAAAUGACAUUAACUGUUGCUUAUCCAUAAAAUCCAAAUUACAGAAGGAAAAUGGGGAGGAGUCGAGACAAAAUAGUGCAGUGGAAGAAGACUCGGAAGGGGAUAACGACUCUGAGGAGUUCUAUUAUGGAGGACAGGUGAACUACGACGGGGAGCUGCACAAGCACCCGCAGCUCGAGGCCGACCUGUCGGCGGUCCGGGAGAUCUACGGGCCGCACGCGGUUUCUCUCAGGCCAUGUUCUCGCCUGCUCCAGAUUUCCUCUAGAUUCUCUCCAGCUCCAGAGGGUGUUUCCAGAAUAAACAGCCUCCCAGAGGCCUGAUGACGUGCAGGUGACUCCGCAGGAUGAGUGUGAUUUGCUCAGAUGAGAAGGGAUGUAACCGUCUGGUCCCAGACACUGAGGGCUGGACACGUGGGAAGGGGAGGGUCAGGCCUCAGGUCUGGGCCCAUCUUCUUUGCGAGGUUCCGAGUCUAUUGAACACAAGCUGUUCUAAUGAGCUGUUCUUUCACUUAAUUGAGGUUUAUAAGAACUUAAUGGAGUUUGAAGAGCAAAAGUACCUCAAUAUGCAUAAUAGGCUAUUUGGUGUCUUUUUUUUUUUUUUUUAAUGCGACAUCUAAUGAGGGGCAGCUAAGCACCUCUGAGUUCUC